AUGUCAAACUAAACCUCCGGCGUAAUUUCGCUUAAUUUCGCUUUUUUUUCUUAGUGUCGUCCCCCUCCAAAGUCCAGAAUCCCGUUCUCAGACUAGCACAGGUAUGGCUCAACCUUCGCAACCGGACCCGUUCUCAGAGUCCCGCAUAGACACUGACGCCGGAGCAGUCUUUGUUCUCGAAUCAAAAGGGAAGUGGUGGCAUGCGGGUUUCCAUCUGACGACGGCGAUCGUGGGGCCAACAAUCCUGACGCUGCCAUAUGCAUUUAGGGGAUUGGGGUGGAGCCUAGGCUUCUUCUGUUUAACGGUGAUGGGAUGCGUCACUUUCUACUCUUACAGUCUCAUGUCCAAGGUGCUCGAUCACUGUGAAAAAGCUGGUCGCCGCCACAUUCGCUUCCGCGAGCUCGCCGCCGAUGUUUUAGGGUCAGGAUGGAUGUUUUAUUUUGUGAUACUUAUUCAAACAGUCAUUAACACUGGGGUUGGAAUAGGAGCAAUUUUGCUUGCAGGGGAAUGCCUACAGAUCAUGUAUUCAAACCUUUCUCCCAGCGGAUCCUUGAAGCUGUAUGAGUUUAUAGCAAUGGUAACGGUGGUGAUGAUAGUUCUCGCUCAGAUCCCAACCUUCCAUUCCCUUAGACACCUCAAUUUUGCUUCUCUGCUUCUUAGCUUGGGCUACACAUUCCUUUUUGUUGGUGCUUGUAUCCAAGCAGGUCUCUCUGAAAAUGCCCCUCAUAGGGACUAUUCGUUGGAAUCUUCAAAUUCAUCAAGGGUGUUUAGCGCUUUCACUUCUAUCUCCAUAUUAGCUGCCAUUUUUGGGAAUGGGAUUCUUCCUGAAAUACAAGCAACACUGGCUCCACCUGCCACUGGAAAGAUGGUAAAAGGACUCCUUAUGUGCUACAGUGUAAUUUUUGUUACUUUCUACUCAGCUGCAGUUUCUGGAUACUGGGUUUUUGGAAACAAAUCCAAUUCAAACAUUCUGAAGAGUCUAAUGCCGGAUGAUGGACCAUCUUUAGCCCCAACAAUAGUUAUUGGCCUUGCAGUUGUAUUUAUUCUUCUACAGCUAUUUGCCAUUGGGCUGGUUUAUUCUCAAGUUGCAUAUGAGAUCAUGGAAAAGCAAUCAGCUGAUAUAAAGCAAGGGAUGUUUUCCAAAAGGAACCUCAUUCCCAGGCUAAUUCUUCGGACUCUGUACGUGAUAUUCUGUGGGUUUAUGGCAGCAAUGCUUCCUUUCUUCGGUGACAUCAACGGUGUGAUAGGCGCUGUUGGCUUUAUUCCUCUAGAUUUUGUCCUCCCUAUGCUUCUUUACAACAUGACCUAUAAGCCCCAAAAAUCAUCCCCCACUUACUGGAUCAAUAUUUUUAUCAUAGCUGCCUUCACCGGUGCCGGAAUCAUGGGCUCAUUCUCUUCAAUCAGGAAGCUGAUUCUUGAUGCCAACAAGUUCAAACUCUUUAGCAGUGAUGUGGUUGAUUAAGAAUAUGCAUAAACGACCUAAACGGGUCUCCUCCGAAAUUUGAAGGGAACGCAUAGUGAAAGUUCUUUUGGCCUGGCUAAAGUGUAGGAUGAUAGUCAACAAACAUUUAUUUAGAUAUGUUUCAUAAGACGUGGCAUAGGGUAGGGUUGUUACCUCUCAUUAAAAGGGUUGAGAUCUAAGGUUUGAAUCUCCUCUCCUUUAGGCUUUAGAUUUCAUCAUGUGUGUAUAAAAAAAAUGUGUUUUCACACUGAUUUGUGCGUAUAUAGCUGAGAUGAGGCAUAGGCACUUGCCUUAAUUGCUGUGAAUGUAUAUGAACCCAUAUUAUUGUAAAUUUUAUAGGGUUAAAGUAGAUAGAGGACAGGAAAAUAGUACAUAAAACAUUGUUAUAAGUCAACCUUAAGUUUCCUUUUCUAAACCAGAUCAAGAUUGUAGGUGGCACUCUGCAGAAAAACUAAUUGAAUUUGUAAUUCAAACUUGCAAGAAUGCACCAAUGACCAAUAGCAUU